AGCGUAGCUCGGCCGGGAAUUACGUUAUUAUACGUCGAGCGCAUCGAGUCACGGGCCAUGCUGCGCUCCUCGGGCGUAGCUGUCGCUUGCUUGCGCGUCGCGUGAACGCGUUUUACCUCUCGUGCCGUGCUGCGCGAUGCCUUUGGGAUCGCGGAUUACGCCCCUGUGAUCGAUUAUUAUCUGAGGAGGGAUCGGAGGUGUACAAGAUCGUGGAAGUGCCUGGAUCUGUUUGAAGAGGCAGUUAUGAAGAUUCGUCGCGGUCUGAUGAGGUUGAUGAGCGUUGGUGGACAGUAACACCAGGCAGAGGAAAAGAAAAAGAAAGAAACGGUGUGAACGGAUGGCGGGGAAUCCUCGAGCCGGAUCAAGCGACCAACCAUAACUUUGCAUCCGUCGUGUCGCAAGGCGCGGUCGUCUCAAGCUGAAGCAGCUACAUGCUAAAUAUAUACGGAGAUAGAAGAUAUGACGAGCGAUGGCGUGUGCGAAGGCACCGGUCCGAAUCUUGCUACAGCCGAAAAUGCCGGCGGGUUGAUAGGGCCGGAAAUGUCGCCAAGCGUGAUGGAGUGCGGCGGAUGCGGAGAACGCGUCCGUGAGCGCACUGUUCUUUGCGUCGGCGGUCGAACUUGGCACUCGAGGUGCUUGAGGUGCUGUGCUUGUGCCAGACCGCUACAUGAUCAGCAUUCCUGCUUCUUGAAGGGCAUGAGACUCUACUGCAGGCAUGACUACGCUCUCACUUUUGGCGCAAAGUGUGCGAAGUGUGGUCGAAGCGUGGGUGCCGGGGAUUGGGUGAGAAGAGCCAGAGAAAGGGUUUACCACUUGGCGUGUUUUGCAUGCGACGCCUGUUCUCGUCAACUUUCCACGGGCGAACAGUUCGCCCUCUUGGACGCUAGAUUGCUUUGCAAAGCACACUACCUGGAUGUAGUCGAAGGCAAUAACACUUCUUCCGAUGAAGGCGGUGACUCGGAGAGCGGGCACAAGAGCGGUAACAAGGCGAAGAGAGUGAGAACCACGUUCACGGAGGAACAGCUCUCUGUUCUCCAAGCGAAUUUUCAACUGGACAGCAAUCCGGACGGCCAAGACCUCGAGAGGAUAGCGCAUGUGACCGGACUCAGCAAAAGAGUUACGCAGGUUUGGUUCCAGAAUUCUAGGGCAAGGCAGAAGAAGCAUCUGCACACGGGCAAAAUGAAAGGGCAACACGUUCAUCAGUCACCACCAAAUUCUACCGCUUCCACAGGCGAUUUCAGUCGGCACAUCAAUUUACAUCUGACCUAUUCGUUUCAACAUCAACAGCAACACCAUCAUGGCCCCCAACCGCCGCAACUGAGUCCAGCUACGUGCAAAAGCCCAACGCCAUCCCUCUAUCAUAAUCAUGGUCUACUCUCUAUCGCAACACCGUCAACUCUGUCUUCAGGCUCGGAACAAUCGAUGGACGAACUGUCACAAGACUCGAUGAUGUUGUCGAUGCCGAACGAGGUUUAAUCGCCGCUGGAUUAGCCGCAUAUUGUAAAUAUUCUUUGUUUAAUCUUAAAGUUUCUUUCCCACGUUCAUGAAUUAUUCUUGGUGAACGCGUUACUCAUUUCGACUUUAUUUCUUCCACCGACCAUAUAAAUAGAAUAUUAUUAUUAAUUAUUAUUAAUUAUUAUUAAUAUAGAGUAUUAUUGUUAUUCAUUAAAAUGUCGCGAUCGAAGCUUUGACUUUGAAAGGCACAAGCUUUUUCUCGAUAUUCGUUAAAAAAAAAUUGGCCAAGUAACACAGACGAUCCUUGUCCAUAUUUAUCUUUUACCAAAGAAGCGAAAGAAUAUUCUAUAUCUUCUACUUUUGUCCAACAUAUUCCAAUUUUUCUUUUUCUUUUAUAAAAUAUCCAUCAUAUUAGAAAAUUGCUGUGAGUAUAUCCGUUAUUAACACGAUGAUAAAAAAGAACUGAAAAAAUUCGGCAAGGAUCGUUCUUGCUACGAGCUGCUCAAUUCUAUUGUAUGUAAAAAGACGCAAGACGAAUAGAAAUUCUUUAAAAGUUUUUCUUCGAAAUUUCAUAGAACGUCGAAAUAGAAAGACUUAAGUACUGAAAUAUUUUUUAUCGUAAAACGCGUUUUUAAAACACGUUGAUUGAUUACUUGUCGUACUUUAGUAUCAACUCUACAAUAACGUAUUUAUUCUGUUUAUUGACCCUUUGAAGCGAGAUAAUGUAGGAUAAAUAAAACAAAUCAAGUCUCUCACUUCAUCUGUUUCAAAGAACGUGUUUCAAACGGUUCGACGGAAUAAUCUACAUUUUAGUAUUUUAGAAUAUAUUUUAUUAAUGUUCAUCCAAAUAGGAAAUAAACAGAGGUAAACAAUUUUUCAACGAAUUCUUGUUUUUUCAUACUUAAUAUGUAAUAAAAAAUAAGUUUAUUUCACCUUCUGGAACUACUUUAAAUGGCCACGUGUACGUAAAAAGUAGAUUAAUCAUAAUUGUCCCAGUGAACAUGUGAAACGUAUACGCUUUUUAGUUAUAAAGGUCAAAUGAUUGAUUGAGAAAUAAAUAAAUUAAUCAACGUUUCAGAGGGUUAAUAAAGUUAACAUUCUCGAUACCUGUAAAACGACAUUAUUGAAGCAUAUAUAUGUAGACCGAAUGUUUUCUAUGAUUUAGAACGAAAUCCGCCCAAAUCGUUGUUAACCUAUUAAGAUUACCAGCAAAAGACGUAUAGACGCGAAUUUUUAAGACUGGACGGUAGCACAGCUCUCUCGCACUGGCCGUUAAGCUUAUUAUAAAUAAGUGACUACACUCAAUGUUCCAUGUUACGCGCCAACAGAUUUGCGUGCACAAACGUGGAAGUGAGUCGCGAAUAUUUCCGUAGCGAUUGAUAGGUGAAGAUCAACUCGUAACGCGAGAAUGAGAUUAAUCCUCUCCGUAUCUUCUUUCAGCGUCAACGUCACGUUCGUUGUGUAGUAAUUAAUUUAUGAUAAUUGCGAUAUUGCAAAUGGAAAGGAUUAAUCGUGUGUCUUAACUUGUCAACCGAAUCAUCCGUUAACCAGGUAUUUUCUAUAUUCGUAAAAUUUCUCGUGAAAUAAAUUGAUUUGAACUCUUCCAAAUAUAAAUACAACAUUUAACUAAACAUAAUUUAUAAUUGAAAUAUCGAAGAUUUAUAAGUAAAAGAAUGAUUAUUUCUAACAGAUUGGAAAUGCAAGUGACGAUUUAACGCGUUUGCCCCGGUUGACAAGUUAAAGUUGAUUUACGAACUUCGAUUACAAGUAACGAAUGCCCUUCACGGCCCUAAAGAAGCGAUAAAUGUAAUUUUCCUUCUUUUUGAAAGAAUAGAACGAUAGUUGUCCUCACUUCGAUUGAUCCGCGGAAUAACCUGAUGUAAUCAGGCUAUCGUUUUAAUAAAACGUACCUAUAAGAUCGACUAUACGAUUAGCGUAAACGAGAAAUUCGAGUCGUCCGGUGUCCCCGCCAACUUACCGAGGUUUCCUGUUCACUCGAGUCUCUGGUAUCCCGGGGUACAUCAGAAAGCAAUGUUCCGAAUGAAAGUAUCUUUUACAGUGUUUAGAUAAUUAAUUGUGUAACCGUAAAAGGAUCAUUAUUUAAUAUACACACGACACACAUGUACUGUGAUGUAAAUAUUGUAAACUAAGUAUAUAUACAAUAUAAAAUGUUGCACAUA